GUCUGUUUCAGUAAACAAACGUGGCAAAGAAACUGGAAGAGGGUAAACUUUUUAAAAAGCGAAGAAUAAAGGUUAUGUCAGCUUGUAUGCAAUGGUCUGCAAGGAAGUUUAUGGUUCUACUAACGUCCUUAAGAAAUAUGUGAAGACAGAAAAAGACAAAUUGAAGACAGUUGAUCUUUCUCCGAAGUGGACCUCACUCUCUCAGUUCUUUACGGUAGUCUUUUUACCACAAGGAUACCCAGAGAGUGUUAGUUCUGAUUAUCUCCAGUAUCAAAUAUGGGAUACCAUCCAGGCUUUUGCCAGCAGUAUAACUGGCACACUGGCAGCCCAGGCCUUGCUGAAGGGAGUCGGUGUUGGAGAUGAGAGUGCCACUGUCAUGGCUGCAACAUUGACAUGGAUCUUAAAAGAUGGGACUGGGAUGAUAGGUAGAAUAUUGUUCGCUUGGAUACAAGGAACCAAUUUGGACUGUGAUGCCAAAAGAUGGAGAUUAUUUGCAGAUAUUCUGAAUGAUAUGGCCAUUUUCAUGGAGAUUUUAGCACCAUAUUUCAAAGCCUAUUUCACCCCUAUUGUCUGCACGGCAGGAGUUUGUAAAUCCAUUGUGGGUGUUGCAGGGGGUGCAACAAGAGCAGCACUAACACAGCACCAGGCUCGCAGGAAUAACAUGGCCGACGUGUCAGCUAAAGAUGGUAGCCAGGAAACCUUAGUGAAUCUGGCUGCUCUGGUCUGUAGCUUAACAUUGGUUCCUCUUGUAACAGGAAAAGAUGUGCUGAUCUGGAGUUUGUUUUUACUCUUCACACUGCUGCACCUGUUUGCCAACUACUCUGCCGUGACCAGUGUCGUCAUGGAGACCCUUAAUCAGGCCAGGCUCCACAUCCUGGUCCACCAUUACCUCCAGACAGGGGAAGUGCUCUCCCUUCAGGAAGUCAACUAUAAGGAACCUGUUUUGUGGAAAACAAGGAGAAAACUUAAUGUUCAUUUAGGAACCUCUAUAGGCAAAGUGUUCUCUAGAGCCAGUGUUUUAGAAGAAUCAAUUGCACUAUAUAAAGAUAGUAACUAUUUACUAGAUAUAAAUCUACAAACAGGCAGUGUCUCCAUAAUCCUAUCCCCCCUCAGCACUACCAUGGAUCAUUUAACGAGCUGUUUCCAAGCAGAGGUCAUAGACUAUGUCUAUGAUAAUAUGUACAAACCUACGACGAAAUCAGAAGAUCUUGGGAAUAUAAGGUCAGCUCUGAGUGAAGGUGAUACCCUUAGUGCCACUGCUGCAUCUUAUAACUAUGCAGCUGUACAUUUGGAGAAAUUCCAGCGGGGCCUAACUGAAAAGGGCUGGCUCUGUGAGCCCCUCCUUCUGGGCCCAGAUGAGUGGAGGGCCGAGUGGGACAGUGCUGGGACACUCGACAAAAAAGACGUAUGAGAUGUCAGAAGUCAUUAUAGUGCUUAGUUGUGAUCCAUCAGUCUUAAACUCUGCAACAUAAAAAUCCUGUAAAAUUGGAAUACAUGCAUUACAUUGUUGUGAUUUAGUUAAGGCUGGCAUGGUGCCUUUAGCUAAGGAGAAAUGAUCAUGUCAAUUCCUGUACAUUUAUGUACAUGUAACAACAAAUAAAUGUCAAACAGAU